CUACACAGGCGCAGUCUUGCGGCGGAUGUCCGUAUGAGAGAAAGAUCAAUGGGCGGUCAGAAAGUAAGAUGGCGGACUGCGAGUCGGAGGUGCAGCGGUUGCCAGCCGCGAACGAGGACGUAACGAGAAACGCGAGCGUGACGAUGAUCACCAACGGGCGCGUGCCUCAACACCCGGUAAACCAGACAAAUCCGAUCGGACAGGGGCCAAGAUGCGUCAUCAUUUACAAAACUGAGACUGGUUUUGGGUUCAAUGUACGCGGUCAGGUCAGCGAGGGUGGACAGCUCAGAAGCAUCAACGGAGAAUUGUACGCGCCGCUUCAGCAUGUCAGCGCUGUAUUACCUCGAGGUGCUGCUGAGAAAGCCGGUGUACGAAAAGGCGAUCGCAUAUUAGAAGUAAACAAUGUGAACGUCGAGGGAGCCACCCACAAGCAAGUGGUGGAUUUGAUCAAGUCAGGGGGUGAUGUCUUAACGCUGACUGUUAUCUCCGUUACGCCACAGGAAGCGGAAAAGUUAGAACCUUUCGAAGAUUUAAGUUAUGCAUCGGUGGACUACAGCGAGAAGCGAUCUCUACCUAUCAGCGUGCCGGAUUAUCACGUCCGCGAGAGGAAGCAUGAGCGUUAUGUGGUUUUCAACGUUCACAUGGCAGGCAGACAUUUGUGCUCUCGACGCUAUCGAGAAUUCGCUGCACUGCAUAUGGCACUGAAGAAGGAAUUUAUCGGUUUCAACUUCCCUAAGCUACCAGGAAAAUGGCCAUUUCAAUUGAGCGAGCUUCAACUGGACGCGAGAAGGCGCGGGUUAGAACAGUAUUUGGAGAAGGUUUGCGCCGUGCGUGUAAUUGCCGAAAGCGAUAUCAUGCAAGAAUUCUUGGCCGAUAGACUCGAAGAGGAUGGGGAUCAAGGUCCAGCUGUCGAUUUAAAAGUACUAUUGCCGGAUCGAGAGGUUGUUACCAUAACGGUUGCUAAAGCUGCCUCCGUCAGUGACGUAUACGAUGCAGUUUGCAGUAGAGUGGGAUUAGACGCAGAAACCGCGAAAUACUUUUAUCUUUUCGAGAUCGUGGAAUAUAAUUUCGAAAGAAAGCUGCAACCCCAUGAACACCCUCAUACCUUGUAUGUUCAAAAUUACUCGACCGCCAGUGUGACGUGUUUAGCAAUAAGAAGGUGGCUUUUCAAUGUAAAUAGACCACUCAGCGAGCAAGCAUUAACCUGGACCUUCUGGCAAACUGUGGACGAAGUUAAUAGAGGACACAUUACGGCCGGUGAGAGAUUGUAUCAGUUGAAAGCAUUGCAAGACGCGUCGAGGAAACACGAGUACCUAAAACUAGCGAAAGAAUUGAGCGGUUACGGCGAUAUCGUGUUCCCUCAUUGCGCGUGCGACUCACGAAAGGAAGGACACGUUGUUCCCGCUGUUGGAACACCGGCAUUUAAGCUACACGCAGCGAAGGAGGACGGCACUUUGGAAUCUCAAGUCGUUGAAUUUCACUGGAACACCAUUACUCGAUGGGAGGUAGACGAAGAAGGAAUGGCGUUCUGCUUUCAAUACACACGCCAAGACAACCGUCCACCGCGUUGGCUAAAGCUUUUCACACCUUAUUACACGUUCCUGUCAGAUUGUUUUGACCGAAUAGCCGAAGAAGCAAAGUGGGACGACCCAGGAGAAUGAGGUAACGUGCGGCGUUAAAAAACGUGUAUGGUGCAUAAUGGCAAAGGUAUCGUUUCAUCGGACACAUUUCACUUAUCUUUGUAGCAAGAACUUUUUGAUUAGGAUUACUUUUCUAAGACGAUUCAAAAGUUAACGGGACACCCUAAUCACACCAGACUCCUGUUUGAUUAGUUUCACGAUGCUAUCAACACAGUGCAUGUGUUACGUGUUAGUGUACGAUCUUUUAAUAGUAUUGCGAAUACGAAAAGUACUACUAGAAAAUUAACAUUUUUCUUUUGUUCUAAACAAAAGAGCAAACAUCAGCAUCAGAUGGGAGUAAACGUAUCGUUGUAUCUGUAACUAAUAACACUUCUAUCGUAGAUUGCGCUACUUUAGUUAGAAAGGAAAGAAUACUAAGCGAUCGCAUUACUUUCUAUGUAAGAUAUUGUUGCUAUAGUAUCAUACUAAAACACCAGACGAAUAGAUGAACCUAUUCUUUGGCCUAUCGUUCAUCGUGUGUAACGUAUCUUUGGGUCUCGAUCGAGAGAAUCAUUGAAUUACGAGACGUUCCUUUCUACUAGCCUAAUAGGUAUCGCCAACUUUCGUUCGUUGAAUCCUUACGAGUAUAUGAACUUAACCAACAAGUAUUAUCUUUUAAGGAUUAGUUUCCUUUAUACUCUGUACGCAUUUUUCCCCACUUUUUCUUUUAAAAUUUUUUCCAGCCUAUUUUCAUCUACGUAUACAGUUGUAUGUACUUGAUAACGUAGUAGAGAUUUUCCCAACAUCCUGUUCAUGUUAUCAUGUGUGUAAAGUAAGCGUAAUAGUGGUUCAAACGAUAGCACAGAUUACUUUUUCCCGAAGCUAUAUUUUUACUAUUAAAGAAGCAGAAGUAUAAAGUAAAAAUUGUUUUCGAUCCGAUCUCGUAUAAUGGUGCGCCGGUAGUGUACAAAUGGUGAAUAUACGUAUACCAGAGAUUGUAAACGAGACGCGAUCCAACUUAAAAAUCGUAGUUGUGCUUAGACGUUAAAAUCAUCGUUAAAUUCGCAAACAAAUACACUUCAUUAUCCUCCAUUAUACAAAGACAACAUUCGCAACGUGUGUAAACGUUUGUCUAAAGAUAAAACUUAAGGUAACGAUGAUUUGACGAUGGAAGAAACAAGCAGCAAGAUCCCACAAAUAUAAAUAAGACUUAAGAGAAACGUUAAGAGUUAAAGAAAGACAUGGGUAAGAACGCCAUAGCAGAUGAGCAAAGAAAGAUAAUACUCAGUGACAUUGUUAAAGAAGAUACAGAUAAUAAGAACGAAACGAUUAUAUAUGAAUAAUUUUAGCAUCUUUAAGAUCGGUAAAUACACUGAUGAACCUUUAAAGCAUCUUGGCCUGUUCGUCGUGUUAACCGAUGGAACAGCGAAUUGUUCGGAACAAAUCUAUCGCUAGGAACACCACAUUCGUCGUUAUGGUCUCUCUAUUUUUUCCUUAUCUCCUUGUUCAAGUUGCUUUCCAUCGAUCGGCUUUGCGAUCUUCCGCACUUCCGUUCCGAACGAUUCGCUUGUUCAACAACGAGAGAAGCCUCGGCAGAUAAUAAUUAUAGAAAUAGAUGUAUAACUAUCGUUAAUGUUUUUAAACUUUAUUCGAAGUGAAUUGCGUGUGAUUUUUGAGGCAGCAGAAGCCGAAUGGUUUAUCCUAAGGAUAUCGAAGAGGGAAAUAACGUUAGUAGCAUUAAGAGUAUAAUCCUUGAAGUGCCGUAAGAAUAAUGAGAACCUUUUUGUUUAAAUGAAACAAAUGUUCUGUUCGCAAAGAUUUCUAAUAAUCCAAGUUCAAUUGAUCGAAUUAAUCUAAGGUGGUUGAUUAUUGUUCAGUACUAUACAAUAUUUAAGCAGGGAAGUUUUGAUUAUUUUUAUGGAAAUUUCACGCAUUGAACACAGUACUAUCCGAUCAGAUAUAUAAAUAUGUACGUUUGAAAUAUAAAUCUACUUAUGUAUAUAUGUAUCUGUCCGCUCAUAUAGAUCGAUCAAUCGGGGAAGUACACAAUGACGAUUUUUAAUUUUUAUCCUAUCAAUAAUUCUACCAUAUGGGAACUGUGCAAAAUGAUCUGCAAGUUAUUGUUGAAAAUUCGCCCGUAAUUAUAUUUGAACGAAGACGAACGAAGGUGGACCUUCGGUUUCUCGAGGCUCGGAACUGAAAAUUAUAGUAUCACGAUGCUACGAAGUUCGCUUAUAAUUCAAGCAUCGAGCAAUGGUUUGUAACUUCGCCAAUACGAUUACCUCUUGUUUUAAGUUAUGAAUUUUCGUUCAAUUUUUCCAACAAAAAUCUAUAAAUAGUACUAGUAGCUUGGUCGUAUUAGGCGUUAUCUGCGCGAACAUUUACUGUUUUAAGUUUGUAAUUCGUAAAAGCGCAGUACACGAAGUAUCGAACAAGUAUUAAAAUACCAUUAAUAGACUCUAGCCGAAGGUUCGCAUCGAUUGGCAGAAAUGGCCGUAAGAUCUUCAUGUUUUUUUGUGAUAUAUUAUUCUAUUAAUCAAUGAAGUAAUUAUAAAUAAUUAUUCGAGUUUCAUCGGUAGCGUCGGAAUAAGCAAUUAUGUGUUUUGCGGCAACAAUAUUUCUGACGAAGUUAUGUCGUUACACGUUAAUCAUGUAGUCGAUGAUAGAAAUAUUUUCCAGAGAAAUUAGAAAGAAUAUUAAACAAAUAAAUAUACGUCCAAGUUACAUUGCUCCGAACCGCUAGCUUUACAUUUUUAGAGCAUGCAUGUGAAAAUUGUUUAUUAAAUUUGAUCUAUGUUUGUUAUCGCGUGCCUAUAUUUAUUUAUAUUAUAUGUAAUUGUAUUGUGCGAAAAUCAUCAAGUUUAUUAGUUAUACUUAUUUAUCGUUGCCCAGUAGUAUUUUUGUAUCGAAGAGUAUAAGAGAUGUUAUUUCUUUUUUCUAAUAAGGGGACAGUACGUCCAAAAAAGAAGUUAGUUAUUAAUUACUUUAUUAAUAAUCACGUUAAAAAGAAGUCUGAAAAAUUGGAUGAUGAAUUAGGUAGUUUAAUUUAAUUAUUAUUACAGUAAGACCAUAUCAUUACAAUUAACUGUUUAGACAUUAAUUAAAGUACUAUGUAUAAUCGUAGCUCGUAAUAACAAAUGCUCCAAGCAAUUUAUCAUGUACUAUUAGUUCGCGACUUUUGCUGUAAAACUGGUAUUUCGGAUUAACGUUGAUAUUGUUGGAUUUGUUUUCGGAUCAUCUUGUUAAGAGUCGGGAAAAAAUAAAAUUACGAAAAAAGAAGAAAAAAUUAAAAAAAAAAAGAAAAAAUACAGAGAACAUUACAACA